AUGGCUCUUCUGAGGAGAUCAUAUGCUUACUCCAAGGUGGAUAAGGAAGACCCAGAAGAGAUCAUCCAUCGACGGGCACAGUUCUUGAUCUACAAAGCGCUGGAGCAAGCAGAUUCCAGAAGAAAAUCAUCGUUUCUACGAAUCAGAUUGUGUAGGCUGAAGGUAAAGAUCGGGAGAAGAUUGAAGAAGUUGAGGAAGUGUGCGUUGGUUUGUAUUUCUGCACCAAGAGCUGGUGUUUACAAGCAGGUUAUUGAUCAAUUGAAAACUUGGAGACGCUUGUUUAACCGUGGUGGAGGAACCAUUUCCAGCCUCCCUCGUCCAUUGUUGGCUUAA